CCUAUAUAUAUACACGUCCUGCGUCGUGCACGAAACUAGACACACUUUUUUCUGCCGCUGCAGCAUUAACAAAACCGCGGAUCUAUCAACAACCGAUAUCGCGAUUGUUUACGUUUCCCAAAUUUUCAACACUUGCGUUGCUAGUUCAAAAUAUCAGUCGGACACGAUGACUGCUAACGUCAAGACGGUAGUGCAGGAGUAUUUUACAGCUACAACGAGUGUUGUGGUACCGAUCAAGGAAAAGGUAGUUGAAGAAAAAUUGGAGUUGAGGAUACUGACUUUGGAAGAGAUUUCUUGGCAUGAUAACGAGUGUGAUUGCUGGGUGGUCAUCUACGAUCGGGUUUAUGACGUCACGAAUUUUUUGGAGGAGAAACCCAUUUCCUUAGACAUGGCUCGAAAUUUAAAUGAAUAUGGUACAUUCAAAAAGCCUGUUUCGUCUAGAGAAAAGGAAUCUUUGAAGGAAACUCAGAAAACCGUUUUACAAGCAGUUGCUGAGAAUUCCGAGAUAUGA